AUGUUUAGGAGUAUCGUUCCUACAACCGUUGGAUUAAAUAACUGCAAAUAUGUACAUGUAAAUAUUGAUGAAGAAUAUGAUAUGUGUAAUAUUAAUAAGGAUGUUAAGAUAUUUAAUGCUGCUCAAGAUGUUUCCAAUGUAAACUUUAAAAGUAUAAGACAUGUAGGUAGUAUUUAUAAUAUUCAUAUUGAUACAUUAGAAAAAUGUAAAAGUCCAGAAGAAAUAGCUAUCAAGAUAUUGAAAUCACAAAAUUGGGAAAAUAAAAGAAAAUAUACAAAUAAUGAUGAAUAUUAUUAUAAAAAGAAAAAAAGAAUAUCCAAUAAUAUUAUGGAACAAAGUUAUAUAAAUGAUUCUUCAUAUUCACUAAUAGAUCAUUGUGAUAAUAUGUACGAAGGAAAUAAUUAUAUAAAUAAAAGAAAUAAUUAUGUGAACGAAGGAAAUGAUUAUGUGAACGAAGGAAAUAAUUAUGUGAACGAAGGAAAUAAUUAUGUGAACGAAGGAAAUAAUUAUAUAAAUAAAAGAAAUAAUUAUGUGAAUGAAGAAAAUAAUUAUAUAAAUAAAAGAAAUAAUUAUGUGAACAAAAGAAAUAAUUAUAUCAACGAAAGAAAUGAUUAUAUGAACGAAAGAAAUAAUUAUAUGAACGAAAGAAAUAUUUAUACGAAUGAAUAUAGUAACCAGUUAAUUAAUAAGUAUGCCAUAAAUAAUAAUAUGAAUAAUUAUAUGAACAAUUAUAAUUAUUAUAAUAAUAUUCCUUAUAAUACAUUUUCACAAAAUCAAAAGGACGAAUACCACAAUGUGUCACAAGAUAAUUAUAAUCAGUUUCAAAAUUAUAAUCAAACAGAAAAUAAUAAUGACAUUAUAUAUGAUUCACAUGUAGAUCAUGAUUUAAUAAAACAAAUGAAUUUAUUACAACUAGCUUAUAAAAGUAGGUUUAAAAAAUCAAAUAAUAAAGUAAAAAUGAAUGAGACACUUUUGUAUAAUAAUAAUGAAGCACUACAAAAUAUAAUAAAAUGUUCGAUGAACAAAGAAAAUAAUGAUCAAUAUUAUGAUAAUCUUCAUUAUAAUGAUAAUAUGAAGGAUAACUAUUUACUUAACCAAGGGAAAAUUUUAUUCAAUAAUGAUUCUACAAACAAUAAAGCAAUGUAUAAUGUACAACAAACAAAUGAACAAUUAUUAAAUGAAAAUAAUUAUUCUCAUGAUAUGAAUUAUAAUAUAAAUCUUCCCAUCAAUGAGAGUCUAAAUGGUCCAACAAGUGGCCAAAUAAAUAAACCUAUAAAUGACCCAAUAAAUGAACAUAUAAAUGAACAUAUAAAUGAACCUAUAAAUGAACCUAUAAAUGAACCUAUAAAUGAACAUAUAAAUGAACAUAUAAAUGAACAUAUAAAUGAACAUAUAAAUGAACAUAUAAAUGAACAUAUAAAUGAACAUAUAAAUGAACAUAUAAAUGAACAUAUAAAUGAACAAAUAAAUGAACAUAUAAAUGAACCUAUAAAUGACCCAAUAAAUGACCCAAUAAAUGACCAAAUAAAUGAACCUAUAAAUGACCCUAUAAAUGACCCAAUAAAUGACCCUAUAAAUGACCCUAUAAAUGACCCAAUAAAUGACCCAAUAAAUGACCCAACAAAUGACCCAAUAAAUGACCAGUUGAUACCUGUCAAUUUAAAAGGGUCAUACAAUUUCGACAAAAUAAAAAGGUGCACAUCAAAUAUUUGCGUAGAUGAUAAGACUAUUCCCUUCCAAGAAAAGGAUAAUAAUAUUUUGGAAUAUGCAAAUAAUAUAUAUAUUGAUGAAGUAAAUAAAGAAGACAACCAAUUUGAGGAUCACUUAGAGACAUUUUUAGAUUUGAAUGAGGAUGAUGAUAUAAUUAAUAAUAAGCAGAAGAUGAAGAGAAUAAUUAAUUAUAUAGAAGAAUAUAUAAGAAAGGGAAAUAUAAAAAAUAUGGAAAGGCAUAAAUUAUGUUUCAGUGAUAAUAAGAUAAAAUUAAUAUUUGAUAAAUUAUUAUCAAACUGUAAAAACAUUUUGAACAUAGAAAUAAGUUAUAGGAAAAAUAAAAUUGUAGAAACAUAUACAUCAGAAGAUGAUAUAAGUAUGAACGAUAUAAAUAAUAAGGACAAUGUAUAUAUGAAAGAUAUUAAUAUGGAUUAUAUAAUUUAUAAUGAUCAAGUUGAUAAUGAUUCUAUGGAAAAAAUAAGUGAUAAGGAAUGUUCAAAUUUUGUGCCACUUAAAAACAAAAAAAAAAUGAACAAAAAAAUACAAGAACGUAAUAUAAACAAUAUAAACAAUACUAUGAUGAAUAAAUUAAUUUUUGGACAUUAUAAUAUUUUACUAUACUUACUUUUGUUACAUUUUGACGUUUUUAAAAAUAAAAAUAUGAACAUAGACGAUAUAAAUGAUAAUAUAUUAUUAAACUUAAAAAUUCAUAUGAAAAAUGUUAUAAUAAAAUUAUAUUUAAAUGAAGUUAAAAAUAGAGUUAUUGAAUUUUAUAAUAUACAUGAAACAUAUUUAAUAGAAAUAUAUAACAUAUAUGAAAAAUGUUUCUUUUAUUUAUAUGACAUAUAUAUGUAUAUAGAAAAAUAUGACACAGUAUUAGUAAAUUUGAUAGACACCUGUAUGUUAGCCUUUCAAAUACACCAUAAUGUCCAAGGUAUUAUAAAACACUCGAUUAAUUUAUUAUUACGUGUCUUUAAAAAUAAUAAUAGUAAAAAAAUGAAAAAAUAUAUUAUAGACAAUUUACUGAUGAAUAUAAAUAAUGUUAAUUUUAAGUAUAACAAAUUGAAUUUUAAAAAUUUCCAGAAUAACUCGACUUAUGUUCAUUUGGUUCAUUUCUUUUUGUUGAAGGUUGCAGAGACGUUUUCUUUUUAUGAGGGCGAUAUGAAAGAAAAGUUUUUGGAUAGCAAACACAGGGAUGCCGAAAAAAUGAAGAUUGAUGAUAAGAAGGGUAAAUAUGACAACAGUGAUGGUAGGGUAUAUGAAUAUGAUGAUGAUAAGGUAUAUGACGAUUAUGAUGAUGAUUAUAAUGUUAAUAGUGAUUAUAGUGAUUAUAGUGAUUAUGUUGAUAAGAAAAGAUACAGAAAUAAUAAACAUAAGGAAAACAUGAAUAAUACGAGCACUUCAAAUUUAUCUGAAGAUUCUUUUUGUCUAUCAUUAUUCAGUAGCGAAAACGAUUAUAAAAAUAAUAUUGUUAAUAAUAAUUGUAAAAGUGAAAAUGAUACUAAUGGAUAUUCAAAAAAAAAGAAUUCUAAAAAAAAAAAAAAAAAAGAAUUUUACAAUACCGAUAAGGAAGAAAGAAAAAAAUAUUCAUUAAGAAAUAACAAAAAGUUAAAUCGUUAUGAUUAUCAUAAUUUGAAUAGUACAAAGAAAAAAAUAUAUAAUACGCGAACAAAAAAUAAGAACAUUGUCAGUAGUAGUUUUAAUAAUUCAUGUAAAAAGGGAAAAUCAAUUUUUACCAAUAAAAAUCAUAAUUAUAAAAAAGCAAAAUUUCAUAUAAAAAAUGGUUCAAAUCUAAAUGUACAACAAAAUGAAGACUCACAAUUUAUGUGUUCUUUACACAAUUUUAUGAUGAGAAAAAAUUUUAAAAGAUUAAAUAAUAUUAUAAAUUAUAUAUUAAUAGAAAUGAUUGAGAAUUUUUUGUUUGAAGAUAAUAAAAAUGGUAGAAUAAUUUUACAACAUUUUAUUUUAGAUCUUAUAAAAUGUUGUGAUAAUCCAAGAUUCAAUAUAAGUUCACAAUUUAUAAAAAAUAUUAUUCAUAUAUUUUUUGAUAUAAUUAAUAAAAAGUAUGAUAAUAAUAUAAAAGAAACUUGUCUAUAUUUGUUAAGAUAUAUUUUUAAAUAUAUUUUUAAUAUAUAUAAUUAUAUUAAUAAUUUUUCUUAUCAUAUGUUAUAUUACUUCAAUUAUACUAUGAAAGCAAAUAAAUUUAUACAACCAUUAUUUUAUGAUUUUAAUAAUCAUUCCUUUUAUGAAAAGGAUAAAGUAUUGGAACACAACUUGAAAAAUAAAACUAAAGCUAUUCUUAAUAAUAAUAAUAAUAAUAAUAAUAAUGAACAUAAAAAAAAAAAAAAUAUAAAAAAGGGUACAAACAUAAACACCCAAUAUAAAAUUAAUAAUGAUAAAAAGAGUAUAGAAACAAAAAUGUCAGUAAAUAACAAAACAUUUAAUCAUACUAAAUGUUGUAAUGAAAUGAAAUAUGAAGAGAAAAUUCUUAGAUGUAUUCAAUGUCAAGCCUUUUAUCAUAUUAGUUGUAUUCAAAAAAAUAGUAAUAAUAUUUUAUUCAAGAAGGAUACUUAUGAGAUAAAUGAUGAAUAUGUUGAACCGAAUUUAUUUUUCAUAAAUAAGGAAAAGAAUAAUAUAUUACAAAACGGUGAUAUCUUUGAUAAAAGAGAAGAAGAAGAAAAAAAUAAUAAUAAUAAAAGUAAUUUAAGCCAAGAUAAAAAUGGAAAUAAAAAGGGAAAGGGAGAAAAAAAAGGUAUAUAUAAUAAUAAUUAUUACAAUAUUAAUAAUAUAGAUAAACCAAAAUAUAUUUCAAAAGUAGUUAAUUACAAUUGUGAUAUAUGUAAAAUAAAAAAUUUGAUAAAGAUAUUUAUUAUUAGAGAGAGUCAAAUAAAUAAUAGUUUCUUAAAUUUAAUGUUUAAAAAGAAAAAAGAAAAAAAUAAAGGAUUUUAUUGUUAUGAUAAAUUUCUUAAUAGCUUGAAAAUUUUCAUAGUAUAUUAUUAUUAUAUAUUGAUAUAUCUUAAUAAAGACAAAAUUAAUGAAGAAAUAGAUAAGGACAAUAAUUAUGUAUAUUCAUACAUACUGUUAUUAUAUAAUAAUUUUGUUCAUGAAAAGAUUAAAAAGGAUAAUGCAGUAGUUUUAAAUACAACAACAAAAGAAAAGGAAAUAUUACAAAAAAAAAAAAAAAAUAAUAAAAAUAAUAAUAAUAAUAAUAAUAAUAAUAAAAAUAAAAAUAAUAAUAAUAAUAAUAUGAGAUAUAUAUCGAAUGAGAACAAUACAGAUGACGAAAAGAAAAAGAAAAUUUUUAAUUCAAUAAAUGAUAUGUUAAUUUACGAAUUUAAAAAUGUUAAGAAAAAUGAAGAAAUGUGUUAUUCCUUUAGUUGUACACAUAAUUUUGAUAUAUAUAUAAAUUAUUCUUGGAAGAUGUAUUUAUAUUUUUUCUUUUAUGAUUUCUUUUUUAUAGCAUUUAAUCAAUUAUUUUAUAUUCUAUAUGAAAAUAGUAAUAAAAAUUUAAGAUAUUAUAGUAUAUCUAUAAUUAGUAAUAUUAUAAAUGACAAUUAUUUAUAUUUAAAAAGUAAACAGACACAACAUAUAUUAUUAUCUUGUUUAACGGAUAAUUAUUUAAAAGUUCGAGAAUAUACUUUAUAUAUUUUUUAUAACUUUUGUAAACAUUUUUUGGAUAUAGAAAAUUUAAUUAUUUAUCAAAAAGAAUUUACAACAUUAUUUGAUGUUCGAUUAAAAAACAAAAAAUAUAUAUCUCAUCAAACGAAUGAUGAAUUAUGUACUAGACUAAAAGAAACAUCACAAGAAAAAAAUUGUAAUAAUAAAAAUUGUACUUUAAAUAAUAAUAAUCAAGAUGAAUUCAACGAAUAUAAUAAUGAACAAAUUGAUGAUAAACAUUAUUAUGCAGUGAAUCAGGAAAAUCGGAAUCAUAAAAAUAUUUUGGAUCUAAAUGAAUACAUGACAAACAAUAUUGUUGAAUCAAUAAGAAGAUGUUCAAAGGAUAUUAAAAUAAGUGUAAGAAUUAUAAGUGUUAAAAUAUUAAAAUAUAUUAUAUAUUUUAAUAUAUAUAUCAAAAGGUAUAAUGGAUCUAUUUACAAAAAGAAUAUUCAAAAUUGUGAUAAUCCCAUGAAGGAUAAUCAUUCUAAUUGUGCACAUGAUAAUAAUAAUAAAUAUAAUAAUAAAUAUAAUAAUAAAUAUAAUAAUGAAUAUGAUGUUGAACAUGUUCAUAAUAAUUAUUACGAACAAAAGUAUUUAAAAAAUGAACAGAACACAUCAUGUCCUAAUUCACAACAAACAAAUCAUGAGAAUACUACACAAAAUUGUACUGCUGAAAAUAUUUCCAUACUUAAUGAUUUAAUAGAAAGAUAUGUAUCUACAUAUGAUAACGAUAACAUGAAAAAUGCUGUUAUGGAAAUUUUUAUUGAAAUUUUUUUUAUGAAUAUUUUUAAAACAAUCAAAAUGAAAAAUAAAUAUAGUCAUUUCAAAAAUGAGAAUAUUCAAAUACAUUCCUCUAAUAAUAAACAAAUCGUAAAUACAGAAAACGAUCUUUAUUAUGAAGCAUUCACAAAAGAUAUAGAAUCUGACUAUAGUCAAUCAUUACAAAAAGAAGAAGAAGGAGAAGAAGCAUAUGAGCAACAGGAGCAACGUAGUGAUAAUAAAUAUAUAAAAAUAGAAAAAGAUAUCUAUACCUUAUUUAUUCAUUUAUUGUAUGUUAUGAAAAAUAAACACAAUAUAAAUAUUGUAAACAAAAUGCUAUCCUACCUUGAUAAAAAUAUAAAAAAAUAUCAGGAAUUAUUCGAUUUAAUUGACAAAAUGUUAGAGGAUAAAGCUUUAACGCAAGCUGAUUAUCAUAAUAAUAAUAAAACACAAAGGAAAGGAAAGCAAAUGGAUAAUUACAAGUAUGCAAAAUGUAGUGAUACAAAUUUUUAUAAUAAUAGUAUAUGUGAUUAUAAUUAUAAUGUAGAUAAUGAAAUAAAUACUGAAAUAGAAACACAAUCUGAACGUGAAGAAGAAGAAGAUGAUGAAGAUGAAGAAGAUGUAGAAGAAGAAGAAAAUAAAAAUAAAAAUGUAAAACAAAAUAUAAAACAAAAUGUAAAACAAAAUGUAAAACAAAAUGAUAACAAAAAAAACAAGAAAAAAAAAAAAGGUAAAAAUAAUAAUAUAAAAAAAAAAUUUGAUAAGCAAAAAAAAAAUCAAAAUAUUUGUAAUACAGGAGAUUAUGAAAAUAAUAAUUAUAUAGCAUAUAAUAACCAUAUGUUAAAUAUUAAAAAUAAUGUUUAUAAUAUAUAUAUAAAUAAUUCCUAUAAACAUUUAGAUAUUUUAAAUAAAAAAAAUAUAACAUAUAUCUUAGAAGUAUGGAUUUAUAAUUUAAUUUGUCUUUUUAUAAAAACUAGAAGAAAUAGUUUACUAGAAAAUGAAACGAGGAAAAUUAUGAAUAUUCUAAAUAUCAUUAUUGAAAUUAUUCCUCAAUUAUUCAUAAAAUAUGUGAAUUUCUUUUAUCCAUAUAUAUAUAAUAAUGAUGUAUCAAAAGAUGUAUGUGAAUUAUUAUCUUCUAUAUUUCCUUAUUGUAAAUUAGAUUUACAGUUGAAAUUACAAUUUAAGAAAGUUACAUUUAACAAUUCAUUAUUAUAUCAUCACAAUAUAUUUAUAUCAAGAUCAUAUAUACAAUUAUUAUGUACUUUGCACACAUACAUAUUUUGUAAUUUUGUUUAUUUCAAAACAUAUAUAGAAGAAUGUUUUAUUAAACUGUAUAAAUACAAAUUAUGCUUUCUUAUUAAUAAUACUGUGGUACAGCUGAAUAAUUUUGUAAGAGAGUUCUAUUUAAUGAAAGCAGAGCAAAAGGAAGAGAUAAAAAAUAAUUUGAUAAGUUUAUAUAACAACCAUGUACAAAAUGUUAAUCAAAAGAAUUUAAGACAUGAUAGAGCUAUGAAUGAUGAAGAAAAAGAAAAAGAGUCGAAUAAUAAUCUAGAAUAUAAAAAGAAUGAAUGUAAUGAAAAUAAAAAUGAACCCAAUAAAUAUAUUGAUAAAAAUCUAAAUAAUUUAUCAAAUCCCGAACAUUUCUUUAUUUACAACAUUAUAGAUAUUACAUAUGAAGAAUUUAUAUACCAUUUAGAUCUAUAUAAGAAGCAUAUUUUUGAUAUAUUUUCUAUUACUCACAAUGAUAUAAUAAACAUUAAUAAAUAUGCUUGGUUGAUAUCUAUAAUGUGCGAAUUUAUAAAUAUGAAUAAAAUUAUUAUUAAUGAUUUGUAUAAUAUAAACGAUAUAAACGAAUCAAUACAUAUACAAAUACAAAAUGAACAUAAAGAAAAGGAAACGACCAAUAGACAAAACAUUAAAAAGGUAACAAAAAAUGACAAGAAUGAUAAGGAUAAUAUAAAUAUAAACAGUAAUAAUAAUAAUAAUAAUAAUAAUAUAAAUAGUAAUAGUAAUAGUUAUAUUUAUGGAGAACCCAUCCUUUCUGAAAAAUUUAAUAUUCGUUGUCCUAAUAAUAAUAUGAAAUAUAUUAAAUUAUCCGAUAUUGUAAAAAAUGUCCAAGUCUAUAUAAAUGCAAUUUUAUAUUUUGAAUUUAUUUAUAAUAAACAAAAUGAUUAUAUAAAAAGAUGGAAUAUUGUAAAAUUAAAAAAUGAAAUUAUUUCUGAAAUUAUACAAAAAAAAAUAAACAUAAAUAAAAUAGAGAAAUGUAAUGAUAUUUUUGAUUACAAAUUUUAUAACGUAUCCUUAAUAUUACUUAAUAUAUUAAUUGAUUUAUUUUAUAUAUCCAAUGAUAUUAAAUGUAAAUGUUUUUUCUUACAUUGUUUAUGUAAAAUAUUAUCAAAUUAUCAUAACUCACAUUUUAUUAAUGAUCUAAAAUUAAGAAAUGUCUUCUUCUAUUGUAUUGAUGCUUUUUCUAACGCUUCCUUACAAAAAAGUUUUCUUUAUUCUCUUCUUCAAUUAAUUAAGACAUAUGAACAAUUUCUACGAAACAAAAAUAAUAUUAACAUUGCUCAAAAUCGUAAGAAUAAACCAAAUGAAAAGAAUUAUAUUACAUAUAAAAAAAUGACACAACUUGUACCAAACGAAAAACAACAGCUCAAUAAAAAGAAAAUUAAAAUAUAUAAUAAUAAAAAUAAAUAUUUUUCAAGUGAUGAACGAACUACCUGCGAUGAAAAGGAAUAUUCCUCCUUUCCAAUUUCAUGUAUUAACCCACAAAGUUACUCUUCUGCAAGUCCUAAUUUAUGCGAGAGUAAUGAUAAUGAAACAGCUAGCCAUUCGGGGAAAAAUAAUACAAAAAAAAAAAAAAAAAAAAAAAUGGGUCAGGAUGAAAAAAUGAAUACAGAAGAAUUAUACGAAGAAAACGAGAUGUCAGUUGCAGAUAUAAGACAGGAAGAUGAACUUGUAAAAGGUACAAAUAAAAAGAAGCUGACAAAAGAAAAAAUAGAUCGAAACAAUUAUAGCAUUAAUUUGAAAAAGCUAAAAAAAAAUCAUGUAAAAUGUCAAAAAAAUUAUGGUCAGGAAAAUAUUAAAAGUUAUGAAAAUAAUAAAAAUGAUGUAGUAAAUGGUGCAAAUUAUGUAAAUAAUCAAUUGGUAGAUGUACAUAAUAUUACUAAUAAAACAAAUGUGGACAAAAAUCAAAAUAAGGAUAUUAUACACGUUUUGCUUGUAGCCUCACUAUUUUCUCAAAAAAUUAUUGAUUUAUUAAUGGUAAAUAAAUAUAUGUAUAUAGACUGCACACAGGAUGAAUUGAAUUUUAUAAAAUGCUUAGGUAUACAAAUAUUAAGUCAUUUAUAUAAAGAAGGUUUUAUUCAGAGUAGUAAAAUAUCUCCAAGUAUAUUUUGUUUAUGCUUUUCUCCUGAUAUAAAAUUAAAAUCACGUAGUGAAAAGGUAAUAAACUGUAUCAUAGAAAAAGAAAAUUAUAAUUUCUUAAAUAACUUAGCUGAAUGUUUACAAUAUCUUUUAUUUUAUAUAAUUGAAAAUAAUUAUAUGUAUAAUAAUAGGGAAUCAAAUAAUAUAAAUAGUUUAUUCUUAUUUAAUAAAAUUGAAUCAAGUUUCUUUAAAACAUUGCUUGAUAUUUAUGAAAAUUUAACGUCGAAAAAAUUAAAAAUAAAAUAUCUUAAAAUUAUAUUGAAAGAAAUUGAAAAUACUUGUCAUUUUAUUUUAUAUGAUAAAAUAAAAAAGUUCAUAAGAGAAACAAAUGGAAAAUAUAAUAAUAAUAGUAAUAAUAAUAACACUUCAAGGCAUAAAGUCCAUUCUGAUCAAAAUAGAAAUGAUGAUGAUAUAUAUGACUGUAAUAAUGAGAGUAAUAUAGAUCAUAGUAAUAAUAAUAAUAAUAAUAAUAAUAAUGUCUAUUAUAAUAAUACAAAUAUUUAUAAUAAUCAAGAUUUGUCCAAAAAUGUUAUGAUUCAUAUUUAUCCCAUAAAUCAAAUAUAUUCAUAUAUUAUUAAUACUUAUAUAAUAUUACCAAAUAAUAAAACUAUUAAAAAGAAUGGUAAAUCAAAAAAAAUUAAAGAAAUUACUACUUCUUCCUUAUCUUCAUACUCUUCAUCAUAUUCUUCAAACAGUAUGUAUAAUAAAGAUGAUGAAUUAAAAAACAAGAAAAAUAACGAAAAUAAUAAAAAUAAGAAGAAAAAUGAAAGAUCUAAAGACAAAGAUUUAUAUUAUAAGGAAAAAACACAAUCAUCAAAAGAUGAUUCAAGUAUGACAGAAAAUAUAUAUGAUAAUGAUAAUUAUCAAAUUAGGGACUGCAAAGAUAUUAUGGAAAAAAUACGAAAUAAAUAUAAUUAUUUAUUAAAAGAUUAUUAUAUGAAAGUGGAUGAAUAUAUAUAUAUUAAUUAUUUCUUAUUCCUAUAUUUACAAAUUCUAAUAAAUUUAAUAUCAUAUUUAAACUUUUCUACAUAUAAUGAAAUAGCCAUAUUGAUUCAUGACAUUAAUAAACUUUAUUGUAUUAUAUCAUCAACAAUACAUAUAGAUAUGGAUGCAGAUGAUUUUUCAAGAAAACAUGAAGAAUCCUUCUUUUCAUUUAAUGAGCAUAUAAAACAACAUACGAGUGUAAAUGAUAUAAAUGUAGAAAAUGAAGAUUAUAUGUCUAUUAAUUUAAACUUGAACAAAGUUAAGUGUUUUGUUAUGGCCAUUUUAAAUAAUCUGACGAACAAUUUAAUAAAACAUUAUGAUAUAGACACAUCAAAAUUAAAUGAAUUAAUCGAGGAAGAUAAUAUUAAGGAAAAUAAAAUAGAGGAUGAAAAAAGAGAAGAACCAAAAAACAAUAUUUUUAAUUAUAUGGAAUAUAUAUAUGAGUGUAUUGAAAUAUUUAUUGAAGAUAAUAAUACAAUUGUUGAAAAAUAUUCUAAAUGUCAUUUAAAUAUCCAUAAUUUAAAUAACGAUUAUAUAAAUAAAUUGAUAAAUGAUGGAAAAAAUAAAAAAUUUGUACAAAAGAAAAAACAAAAGGAGACAGCUAAACAAAGACGUUUAACAUUAAAAAGAAAUAAUUAA